AUGUUUCUUUCAUAUUGGUUCUUUGGAGUUCUUGCAUCACUUGGGUUAUGGAGAAAAGAAGAAAAAAUCUUAUUCUUAGGACUUGAUAAUGCUAGCAAGACUACUUUACUUCAUAUGCUGAAAGAUGAGAGAUUGGUUCAGCAUCAACCUACAUUGUAUCCAACAUCGGAGGAAUUAAGUAAUGGAAAGAUCACCUUCAAAGUUUUUGAUUUAGGUGGACAUCAAGUCGCUCGCAGGGUUUGGAAAGAUUAUUACGCAAAGGUGGAUGUUGUUGUGUAUCUGGUUGAUGCAUGCGAUGGGGAGAGGUUUACGGAAUCAAAAACGGAACUGGACGCUCUCCUAGAUGACGAGUCUUUAGAAACUGUCCCGUUCCUUGUGUUGGGAAACAAGAUUGACAUGCCACAGGCAAUUGACAUGCAACAUGCAGUCUCCGAGUUGGAUCUGCGAAGAUAUUUUAAUCUAUAUACCACAGGCAAAGGAAAAAUUGAUUUAGCUGGCUCAGAUGUACGACCUAUCGAGGUCUUCAUGUGCAGUGUUGUCCGUAAGCUGGGUUAUGGCGAUGGCUUUGAAUGGCUAUCCCAAUACCUAUAA